AUGGCUCCCAAAUCCACUUCUGAAGCACCAGUUUCUAGGAGAUCGGCAAGGAUAGCUGAUCAACCUAAAUCAACUAUCACUAAUGGUGACAAAGCGGAAGUCGCUUCUAAGAAAGAAACUUCCACCAAAAAGCGUUCAGCCGAGAAUGGCAAUGGCGAUUCCGAGACAAAGAAAACCAAAACGACUUCUUCUUCUGGUAAAGAUAAAGCUUCGGAACCUAAAUCCAAAGCUAAAGCAACCACUUCAGCUUCCAAGAAGGAACCCACCAAAUCCUCAGAAGCUACUAAAAAGGAGAAAGAAGCUGAAGCUCCAGGCGAUGCUGAACCUGAAACUGGACCUCGAGGAACCUUGAAGUCAGGUGAUAAAUUACCGAAGAUCACCCUUAAGGAUAACCAAGGUAACGACGUUGACGUUAGUAAAUUGGCUGGCGAGAAAGGCGUUGUCAUCUUCCUUUACCCUAAAGCAGAUACACCAGGUUGUACUACUCAGGCUUGUGGUUAUAGAGACAAUUAUUCCAAGAUCACAGAUUACGGAUAUAAUAUUUAUGGCUUAUCCAAAGACAAACCCGAAGCUCAACAGAAAUGGAUAACCAAGAAAGAUUUGACUUAUAAGAUUCUCUCUGACCCUCAGAGUCAAUUGAUCAAGAGACUCGGUGCAUUCGUACUACCCAAUAAUACUAAAAGGUCUCAUUUCAUCUUCGAGAAAGGAUCUGGUAAAUUGAUAGAUAUUGCUUUGGGUGUAAAGCCUGCUGAUGAUCCAGGAAACGUAUUGAAGUUCCUGGAGGAACGUCAUAAAUAG